AUCUCGACUUGGGGUCAAUUUGGGAGCGUCGAGCCGAUCCGAUGCUGUGUCUAGUCUACAAGCAUUGUGUACGUUGCAUUCAAUGCCCACGGUAGAUUUGGAUGGAGACUCAAAACAACAUGGCGACUUACAUGAUGGAUUCUGGAAUGUCCACCGUAAUACAUCUUUUUCAAUGAUAAUCUUCGCAAGGAAUAGCAUAGAGGUGCCGUUUGAGUUACCGGCUAAUGACUGAGGGCCGGUCAGAGUCAUGCAAGCCCGCAAACGAUAUAUUUUAGUACUUUUCACAGGGUUGUUACUCCUGCUGCUAUACUAUGGGGGAUUACACAUGCUACACGGCCCGCAGAGGGAGCAAGCUACCCUGGCUGCCCGGCUGCGAUCCAUCGAGGACCGGUCGGAAACGAACUACGAGCGAGAUGGUAAAACAUCGAGCUUACAUGACAUUCCGGCACGGGGAAAAGACAAGAAGUGUCGGAUGGAGACAUGUUUUGAUUUUUCAAAAUGUAAAGAAGGUUUUAAAGUGUUUAUUUAUCCAGUAUCUUAUCAAAAACCCAGCCAGUUGUACAUGGACAUUUUAACUUCCAUCCGUGAGUCGAGAUACUUCACUACCAAUGCAGAUGAAGCAUGUCUGUUUGUGACUUCAAUAGAUACCUUAGACAGAGAUAAACUCUCAUCUACAUAUGUUAAAAACAUAGAGAGCAGUAUAUCAAAGUUGAGCCAUUGGAAUAAUGGAAAAAACCACCUUAUUUUUAACCUCUAUUCAGGGACAUGGCCUGACUACUCGGAAGAUUUGGGGUUUAACAUGGGAGAUGCGAUUUUGGCAAAAGCAAGUUUCUCCGAACAGUAUUUCAGGCCUCGCUUUGACAUCUCACUGCCGCUGUUUGCCAAAACACAUCCCCAAAAAGGGGGCAGUUCAGGGGACUUGCAAGGAAACAAUUUUCCAGUACAAAGAAAGUAUUUAUUAGCAUUUAAAGGAAAGCGUUAUUUAUUUGGGAUCGGGUCAGACACUAGGAAUGCCCUUUAUCACUUGCAUAAUGGAGUGGAUAUAAUACUUCUCACCACAUGCAAACAUGGAAAAAACUGGCAGAAGCAUAAAGAUGUACGCUGUGACCAUGAUAAUACAGAGUUCGACAAGUAA